AUGGCAGCCUUGAAAUGGGGGACGCGGCCGCCGUGGGUGGGCCUCGGAGCGGCCGUGUGGGUUCAGAUAGCUUCCGGUAAUGCAUACAACUUUCCUCUCUACUCCCACUCGCUCAAAUCCGUCCUCGGUUUCAACCAGCGCCAGCUAACCUUGCUCGGCGUCGCCAACGACAUCGGAGAAAACGUGGGUAUUUUGCCUGGUCUCGCCUGCAACAGGUUCCCGCCGUGGGUUGUUCUCGCGAUAGGUGCCUUUUCGUGCUUCCUCGGCUAUGGGGUUCUCUGGCUCGCCCUCAGUGGCGCCGCGGUUUCCUUGCCCUAUUGGGUGUUAUGGAUUGCGUUAUGCAUCGGGACAAACAGCAGUGCCUGGUUCAGUACAGCUGUUCUGGUCACAAACAUGAGGAACUUCCCCCUCAGCCGGGGCACGGUGGCCGGCAUCCUCAAGGGGUACAGCGGCCUGAGUGCCGCCGUGUACACUGAAGUGUACAGUGUUCUGCUUGGCGGCUCAUCUUCUAAAUUCCUAAUGUUCCUCGCCCUUGGAAUUCCUGCCAUCUGUCUCAUGAUGAUGUCAUUUGUGAGACCGUGCGCUCCAGCAUCAGGAGAUGACCCCUCGGAACACAAGCAUUUUGUUUUCGUCCAGGUAGCCAGUGUGAUCCUGGGCGUGUAUGUUCUUACUACUACCGUUUUGGAUGACAUGCUCAAUCUGAGUCGUGCUGUGAGAUAUGUUUUUCUUGUUGUGAUGGUGCUCCUUCUCAUGGCCCCGCUUGCUGUCCCGGUUAAGAUGACUUUCUACAGGUCAAAGUUAACUCUCGGUGAGUCUCGCUCGAGUGGUAAUAAUGCUGGCAUGAUAGAGCCACUUAUGGAGCCAUCCUCAUCGACUCCGAAUCUUGAGAACUUACGUGAUGGGGAAGAUGUGAACGUGCUUCUUGCUGAGGGAGAAGGAGCAGUUGAGAAGAAAAGAAGACCGAGGAGAGGGGAGGAUUUCACGUUUUUCGAGGCUAUGGUCAAGGCCGAUUUCUGGCUCCUUUUCUUGGCUUACUUUGUCGGGGUGGGUUCCGGGGUGACUGUUUUGAAUAACCUGGCUCAGAUAGGUAUAGCACAGUAUAUGCACGAUACAAAGGUUCUGCUGUCCCUCUUUAGCUUCUGUAAUUUCGCGGGUCGUCUUGGUGGAGGUGUUGUCUCUGAGUAUCUUGUAAGGUCAAAGGCAAUCCCGAGGACCAUCUGGAUGACGGUCACACAAGUAAUUAUGGCGAUUACUUACCUACUCUUUGCUUCGGGUCUCGAUGGCACCCUCUUUGUAGCCACUUCAUUGCUCGGCAUUUGCUAUGGGUUCCAAUUCUCUAUCAUGGUCCCGACUGCUUCCGAGCUUUUCGGGCUCAAGAACUUUGGCAUGUUCUUCAAUUUCAUCUCCCUCGGUAAUCCAUUGGGUGCGUAUCUAUUCUCGAACCUUCUUGCUGGCUUUUUGUACGACAAGGAAGCCGAAAGGCAGCAAUCCUCGACUUGCUUAGGUUCCCAUUGCUUUAGAACCACUUUCAUUGUCUUGUCUGGGGUAUCUGUCAUUGGCUCAAUGCUUAGUGUGGUAUUGACCCUGAGGCUAGUCCCCGUUUACAAGAUGCUCUAUGCUGGGGGCUCGUUCAGGCUGCCUCAUAGUUCAAAGCAUUGA